GCCGGAGCGGCAGGAUACUCUUAUCUAGGCUCUCUCUAUGUACAAUUCCUCCUGCGAGCUGGCAGGAACGCGCGCGCACGAAACAACAGACAAUCGCGCCGCAGUGACAAAACAUGACAGCGACCGCCUAUUGGCUGCGAACAGCGUCGUAGGAGAAGAAGAACAAGAAGAGAAAAAAGUUGGGGUACGAGUGACAAGUGCGCGGGGAUCAUCUACACUGGGCUUGACUCCUUUGGCCCCGGGGUCUUAUUGUCUAUUGGGUUCUCCUAGUUGUCGGGACUAAAAAAAUUUUGUUUGUUUAUUUGUUGAAUUUUUUUAUUUACUACCUCAAUGCAAAGUUAUUGUUUCCUGUCGUGCUUUAUGGAAAACUGAAUGAGGUUGUUGAAAUUGUUUGGACUUCAAAGUGUGUCGAAAGAUGCGAUCGAAGUCGGUGGCACGAAAAGUUACGGCCCAAGAAGAUUCCGAGGAUGAAAUUGAGGUAACUGACCAAAUGGAUACCAGCACUGAAGAAGCGCCACUACUAGUAAAUUACACUAACAACAAUUCCAAGGAAAUGGCUCCGAGCCCAUACGACCGACAACUUGAUUUCGCUUACAAUUACGAUGAAGACAUCAAUCAAAUUGAUUUAAUCUUUGGAAGGACCACAAAAAGAAUUAUCGGCCACGGAAUUCUGCCUGAAGAACUAGAACUAAAAGAAACUGGAGUUUUUGCUAGAAAAACAAUACCUAGGGGUACCAAAUAUGGACCAUUCCAAGGCAAAUGGGCUGGGACACCGUAUUUUUCGAGAUUUGCUUGGGAGAUUGUGGCUGGUACGGGAGUACGAGGAUGGUUAGAUGGUUCUUCGGACCACCAGAACUGGAUCAAACUCAUCAGGAGCACUCCAACCAAAGAUGCUGCAAAUAUGAGACAUUUUUUAAUUAGCGGACAAAUUUGGUAUGAAACAACUAUAGAAGUAUCAGCUGGAGACGAACUUACCUUAGCACCCAAAGAACCACUAAACUUACAAGAUUUGUUUGCUGACUCGACAACAAUCGAUGAUAGAUCUGACAGAGAAACUGCUUCUCAACAUAGCGGAACGUUAGACGAGCGCGAAGAUAUUGAAGACGAUGAAAGUCAAAGUAGAUGCUGUGUUUGUGAUCAACCAUUUAGUGAUGUAGAUAAAUUAGACGAGCAUUUGAUUCAUAAGCACACAUACCGUAGGAACGAGUACCGCUGCGAUCUUUGUCCAAAAGCUUACUCGUACAAGCCUUGUCUGAUACGGCACAGAUCCGUUAUACACGGCGAAACUAAGAAGUACCAUUGUGAAAAUUGCACGAAAAUAUUCACAGACCCUAGUAAUCUUCAGAGGCAUAUUCGAACUCAUCACGUUGGUGCUAGAUCGCACGCUUGUCCAGAAUGUGGAAAAACCUUCGGCACGUCAUCUGGAUUGAAGCAGCAUACACAUAUUCAUUCGUCUGUUAAACCGUUUCAAUGCGAAGUUUGCUUCAAGGCCUACACUCAAUUCUCCAACCUGUGUCGACACAAACGUAUGCACUCCGACUGUCGUCUCCAAAUCAAAUGCGUCAAGUGCGGCCAGCCCUUCUCGACAGUAACAUCGCUAUCCAAGCAUAAACGUUUCUGCGAUUCUACCGGACAAAUUCCAGCUUUGACGGCGCCUCCACCGCUACCAAUGGCCAGCAGUUAUCCGUUUUAUCGGCCGUCGUCAGUGCCGAUGCCUUUUCCGUUUCCGCCGCACUUUCCCACCUAUCAGAUGCAAAACAUGGUUCCCAGUGCACCAACGCCAAAUUUCUUAUCACAAUUUUUGUUCAAUAAUCCGAAACAUAAACUGGAAGAAGACGAAAUAUUUUUCAGAGGCCCAGAAAAAAACGAUCACUACAACAGAGACCGUCUCACUCCAUUAAGAGCACCAAAUGUUGCUGCUGAAAAAGUAAGUCCACCAACUGCUGAAGAAGCUAAUUUAACCCCAUCACCAGCUAGGCCAAGUGCUUUUCAUUCAAGAAAACCAAACUCAAUCUCCGAAGAUGAAGCUCCCAAAGAAACUGAGAUAUCAAGACCAAGCUCAACUUCAAGCGAAGAAAGAGAACAACCUUUGGAUCUUUCUGGUUGGCAUGCACCUGAAGUCAAAAAAAGAAAAAGUGUGUCUCCUCUUCCACUGCCACCGCCUCCCCUACCACCAGCAACACCUCCAAAAACAUUUGAACCAAUAAUUGAAAACGAAAAAAAGACACCUCCAAUGGCAUAUCCUCGUCCCACAUAUCCGAUGAUGCUCGAAAUGUACCGAUCCAACUUUUCAAAUUUUCAACAAGCCAGCGAUAGACUUAUGCCAUUCGUACCUCCAAGAUUUCCCUUCUUAGGUUCUCCCUUACACCAAAGAUUAGACCUACUAAGGCCUAACCUGCAAAGCUUCCACCCUGUCAAACCUUUUCACGAUGUCAUCCAUCAACAAAAUCCAGGCAAAAUCAAAGACAGAUAUUCCUGCAAGUAUUGCGGCAAAGUAUUUCCACGCAGCGCUAAUUUGACCAGACACCUUAGGACUCACACUGGUGAGCAACCAUAUAAAUGUAGAUAUUGUGAGCGCAGCUUUAGUAUUUCCAGUAAUUUGCAAAGGCACGUGAGGAAUAUUCACAACAAGGAGAAACCGUUUAAAUGUCCUUUAUGCGAACGAUGUUUUGGACAACAAACAAAUUUGGAUAGGCACUUGAAGAAACACGAAGCGGACGAUGGCAAUGGGGUAGUUGCAGUGGCAGACUCUCCAGGAAGCAGCAACGAAAAUGAACGGGAAGAAGCUUACAUAAGGCUGGAUGAAAUUAGGAAUUUUGUUGGAAAAGUCACUACCAAUGGUCAGGAUUAUUAUCCGACACGUUUAUAUACGCCUCCGUUUCAGAAUAGUGAAAUUGAUGUAGUUGGUAAGGAUGAUGAUUCGGAAGUUUAUUCCAAUGAAUCUGUGGAAGAUUUUUCUUCUAAUAAAAAAGAUGAAGUUUUAAUUAAUAAUAAUGAACAGCCGAUUAGUAGUAGAUAACUUAGCAAUAAAUAAAUUGUUUUAGUUUUUAAGUAUAUAAAUUAUCUGUGUUAUAUUUUGUCAAAUAAGCUUCUUUUUUUAUUGUACAUUGUAAUAAGGAUUUUUUAAAGUUCCUACACUAUAUAUACUUCUCAAAGUUAAUUAAGCACCAUGGGUAUCAAUUAUGUCUUACUUAAGUGGCACUACUCUUUGUACAUUAUUUUAUUGUAAUAAUAAAUGCACCUGCUUUUGUAUAUAAAAUGUUUAGAUAAACUUUUGUUUGCUUGAAAUUAUUGUUAAAAAUUUGUUUAUAAUUUAUUUUUUUUCUUUUUUGUGAAAAUUAAGCCAAAGGAUUUCGUAUGUAUUAUGUUUUAGGAAAUAGGAUUAUGAUAAUGGGAAAUUAUGAUAAUUAAAAUUCAACACUCUCUCAUAUGUAUUAUUAGAAAUACUUCACUCUCUUUGAUUGUAAUUAUCGAAAAUAA